AUGGAGUGCGGCGUGCUCGUCGCGUCCCAUCUUUCCUCCCUCUUCCCGUCGUCCUUGCCCAUCUCCGUCCCCACAUCGCAUAAGGAUAUUCUCAGCCUUUCCGUGGACUCCUCUGCGCCCCUAGAACACGCCAGCUACUCUACCCUCUUUCAUACCUCCCGAACGGGCACCAUUCUGCUUCGCCUCACACACCGUGCCACCCUUCUCGAACUCAUCACUCUCACCUGCGAUGCUCCCCAGCUGCGCUUUGAUUUUCCUGGUGCCAUCUUACCCUCUCCGGCAGUUUUCUUGUGGGAAGAGCGAGAGCUUCACGUUAUUGCCGUCUCAGUCGUGGGCUCUCUCUAUCGCUUUGUCCUCCCUCUUCAACGUGGCGCACAGCUCUGGCACCCCAGCAGGUACUGGUUUCGCCAGUACGACAUCCAGAACAUGCGGUCAGACAUGGAGGGGUUGGUCCAAGUGCAUGGGCCACAUUGUGUUGUUUUGAGUUUGCCCGGUGGUGCCUUGCUACGUUUGGAAGCAGAACUUCUCGGGAAUGAUGACGAGGACGAUGUUUGGCAAGAGACAAAAUUCCAUCCUCAUUCACUCCUUACUUCGAUCACCUCGUUGCUGCCCUUGCAAGGCGGUCCUCCAGGAAGUUCCGACAUUAUCUCGAUGGCGUCCUUCCCCCAGCCAACCGACAUUGAGCACGUUUGGACUCUGUCAAGAGACCGGACUCUCCGUCUAUGGACAGCACGAAGCGGAUGUGUCGCUGAGAAGUCGCUCGCUGCGAUCAUUCCAGGAAAGGCCAUGACGCCUGCUUCAACAUCCGCCUCAAGCUCCGGAAAACUCUCGAAUCUUCUGCCUGCAGAUGCGCAGAAGCUUCUCAGUGUAUUUCCAGAGUUCGAAAUGGAGGACCCUGUGCCUUAUGUUCUCGCGUUCAUCCCGGCUGAAUCAUCCUCGACUUCGGGAGGUUAUUUCCAUCUCUUCAGCUCACAUUCCAGCGAUCUACAUCCUCUGAACUACUUUGAGUGCUCCGUCACAAGUGCACAUUGCCAUUUACAGGACUUCGUGGUGAUUGGCUCCACCCUGUACACUGUUUGGGAUAAGCAGGGCCAGUCAAUGGUAGAAGACGCCAAGGUUUCGUUUCAUGAUGGUAACAGGAUCGAGGUGGUGUGGAACACCGCGACUUACGCCCAUGAGGCAGAGCUCACACCGGCGUACCUCGAAGAAUUGCUUCUGUCCGCAGGCUCCAUGGCUGACAAGUUUUUCGAAGCAAUCUCGAGACCAGGCAUAUUCUCGUCUGUGACGCUUCGGACUGCCAUCGAUCAGUACACUGACGCAUGCCGCUCCCUCCCCCCACCAUAUACGCCACAGCUAUUGACCACGUACGGCAGCGUGGGUGAACAGAUCGCUGCCGUAGUGGGCUGCACGGUUGAGCUCACCCGCGAUCCCAGCACCGGUGCUCCGCAGUACGACAGGUACUGGAACGCGCUGAAACGCGACUGGGAGGGCUUCGUAGCGCGGUGUCGCGAGAUCGAGCGCCAUGCGCGCUGGCCGCUGGCGAUCUGCAUGGGAGAACCAAGGGAGGGCAUUCUGGUCGUCGAACGCGAACGCAUCGCGGCGCUCGUGGACGAGGACUUUCCUCUUAGGUCCCGCCGGCUUCUCGCGGCGUCUUCUCCCCUGGACCCCCAAUUUACCCUCCUGGAGAUCCUGUGGACGCUGCGUGCCAAGAUUGGCACCCGGUCCAUGCUUGUUUUCGAGGAUCGAUUGGUCGACCUUGUGCAUCAAGAGAUCGCCUUCCCAUACGCCGAUAUUAUACAGGACCAAGCCGAGCGGAUCAACAUCCGCGAGGAGCUCGACGAAGGCAUGCAGAGUUGGAUUGCCGGGCGCUUGCAGAGCAUCGACAACAUGUCGGACGCAAUUCAAUCGGUGCUCAAUGUCAUUGGUGGCUUGGAAAAGAACGUGAAGAAAGAAGUUGAGGAUGAAGAUGCGGCGUUGCGGCUUCCACCCGCCUAUCCGGAGUGGCGGAGGGCGCUCGUGUCUUCGUACGUUGCAGUUUCCGUCCAAGCACGAUAUGACUUGUGUCUGUCGCUCGUUACGUUGCUCUUCUUCGUCUCGGAAGAUCUGCCACAAUGGGAUCCUGCGUCGCUUGCAGAAAUCUUUGUGGUAUUCCGUGGGAUCGCCAUGCUCCGGUACGCGACGCGCCAGCCAGCUGCGGGCAGCGUCAGUACGCCAGCUGCUGAGCCCUUGGCGGACGAGGAAGUCGUCGCGAAGAUGAGGGACAUGCAUGUCUCGUCAACAGCCUCUGGAUUCACGCCGAGCUACUCGCUCAUCCACCGUCUCCUCACGCAGUACGGCAGCGAUGCAGCAAGCGUGCCUGCCUCUGCACACCUAUUCUUAGAUUCUUCCGGGCUGCUGGAAUCCUUAUCUCCUGCAAAUGCGACGAAGCUCGAGGUGCUCUUUUGUGAGCGGCUUCGCCUUCUCGGAUACCGCGAGGCUUCCAGAGAGAGCUUAAUGUGGCUACCCAGGACAGCUGGGGUGACGUACGUGCUUGGCCGACUGUGGUUGGAUGAGGGUAGGUACGAUGAUGCAGCCUCUGUAAUGGAGGGUGUAGCAGUCAGCUUCGGACGUGACAGCGCGUUAACCACGGAGGACCACGAGGCUCUGGCCGGGGUACUGCCAGGCGCGGCGUUCUUCCAAUCUGUGUUCGAUUUCUAUUUGCAUGUCGCCGGCCUCUUCAAGGCCGUUUCUGUGACAUCAAGUGAAGUGGUGUUUUCCCAGCUCGCUCUGUCCGUGGCACCGCCUGGCGUCGACACCGCGUCCCUGUGGCACGCGGUCAUAAGAGGCCUCACGGACUUGGGGCUUUAUGAAGAUGCGUAUGCCGCACUAGUCUCCACCCCCUAUGAGAAAUUAAAACGGGAAUGUGUGAGCCAACUGAUGUACCGGAUGUGCGAGGAGCACGCCGUCGACCGACUCAUGGCCCUUAAUUUUGCGGGCUUCGUGGACGAAGUGGAGGAAUCGCUCUCGUUUAAGGCCCGGAACGCGGACCCGCGAGUGCGACCGUUCUACUCAAGGAUACUCUACACGUGGUAUAUCUCUCGUGGCGAUUAUCGCAAUGCCGCCCUCACAAUGUACCAGCGGGCGCGGAAGCUCGCCAGCCUGUUCGGAGACCCGGCGAACUUCAUUGAAAUUGCCGAGUUACAGCUUGAAGCUUAUGUUGUUGGAAUGAAUGCUCUCGCGCUCACUGAUCAGAAGAACGCAUGGAUCGUCCUGCCCGUCACGGCCGAAUCCGAACACGAGCCCCGUAAGCGCCGUAAGUUGUCGCGAUAUAUCCCGGAGGACAAGUACGGGCCCGGGAAGCGGGACAUGGAGGUGGUGGAACUGGCGGACAUGCAGUACGAGUAUACACUUUUGGCUAUCCGUCUGGAGUUAAUCCGCCGAGACCCCACACUUCUGUCGGCUGGGGAAGCGCUGCUAUCGCCUCCGUCCGUCGUAUUGCGUCUGACGCAAGCGAAUCGCUUCAACAUGGCCAUGGCUACCGCACGCACACUUAACGUCGACAUGACCGAUCUCUUCGGUCAUUUGACCGGCCUAUGUUUGCGCCUCUCCCGCAACCCGGAGGCUGUCAUCGGCGAAGAUACGUCUGACUGGCUGCUAACUGACAAAGUGACUUCGUGGCCCGGCACUGCAGCAGACCGAGGCUGGCGAUACCUUCGAGAGUCGCUGGAGCGGCACGAUGGUCCGGAUACGGAUUACAGAUACACCAAGGUGACAUUGGAAACCAUCUUAGAACUCGAUCGCACAUCACCACCCCCACAGUGGUUGACUCAGUCGCUAGAGGUGCACCACCCUGAGUAUCUGAUUCGCACAUGCCUGCGCUACGAGAUGUUCGAAGGGGCACUGGAGCACACGUUGUCGCUAAUGCGGAGAAGUGACGCUCACCUCGCACAGGAGAGGCCCAAGGCCGCGUCUGUGACCUGGCUACCAUAUACCUUGAUUGACCAGGUUCUCGCCGCGGUGGAUACCCAGCAGGGGCUUCCCAUCGGGGCUCAGUCUCUACGCAAAGAAUUGCGGACAGAGAUUUCCAACCGCAUAAAACGCGUGCAAAAAUUCGGCCAGUCUGUCCGAUAG